AUGUCGAACGGCAACGAGGCAACAGAACGGAGCUCGCUCCUGGGCCGUGAUCUCCCUCGGCCGAAUGGCGUUUUCCAGGACCAUCCCAUCUUCCUUCGCUUAUGCCACGCCCCCUGGGGCUUCAUCAACCAGACCACCCUUGUCGCCCUUAGAGGCCUAAUCCUGAUCUACCUCACCAUCCUCGCGCCCAUGCUUCUUGACUACAAGCUUUACAAGCGGGAAGAUGGCGACUCUCCCUUGCGCAUUAUCUUCCAGUUUUCGACCAUCACCUUCAUCCUGUUGUGGUUGUACCACUUGGCCGCCUUUUGCUGGAGCUACACGCACCUCUACUAUCCCGAUCUCGAUGAGGAAGACAACACCUGGGAAACAGCUCUGCUACGAAAGAUGUCGCCGCCUGAGCAGACAAUCACCUCUCGCAAUCGAUUCUACUUCAGUUUGUAUUACACAGUGUCCCACGUAUUUGCCUUUAUAAAUACGUUCAUCUUCUGGGCCUUUGUGGUGCCAAAAGGUCACGGUGACCUACCUCGAGACAGGCAAAGGGGUGGUGGUGGAGAUGACGCAGGCAGCCUCGAGGAUGGAGGUUUCUUUGGUCAUGGGUGGUUUGAACCUUUCUGUGUUCUGAACCUAUGGGGCUAUACGGCACUCCUCGCUCUUUUCGAGAUAUUGCUGCUGAAUAGCAUCAAACGCCAGAUUCCCGUACACACCCAUAUCAUUGGCUUGGUAUUCCUUUUGUGCGUCUACCUCGGUUGGGCUUCCUUUGGAAAGCUCUUCAUCGGCCGUGCCCCUUACUUCUGGCUGGAUCCUGAGUUUGUUCGGUACAGAGAACUCAUGUUUGGAUACUGCGCUUUGUUUGUGGUUUUGGGGCCUGCGUUUUUCGCCCUUAUGUAUGGCCUCAUUGGCCUGCGUGAAGAACUAGCAGAGAAAUAUGGCAGCCCAAGCCAAGCCAGUACGCCAGAAGGCUCGCAGCAGGGAGAUGAAGAGUGA